GGCAGGGAUGCAGGGCAGGCGGGACAGCAGGGCACGGCGAAACAGGCAGGGAAAGGAGAGGAAACACAAGACAGGUAAACGCUCGGUAAUGCUCCGGUACAUGGCAACAAUACUUCGCACCGGCUGUCAGUACUGCUAAGCCUUAAGUAUAGGUCCGGCAAAUGAGGAUGAUUGCUAAGUGCUGCGCUGCCCCACCUCUGUGGGCGUGACAAUAUUGGUGGAGAUAUUAAAAUUGACCUGAGCUAAUAAUUCCUACAUCACUCACACAUGCACACCUCUGGGCAAUUUGGUAACUCCAAUUAGCCUCAGCAUAUUUUUGGACUGCAGGGUGGUGUGUGUGGGGGGGGGCGUGCUGUACCCGGGGAGGAUACCCCGUGACGACAAGGAGAAGAUGAAGAUGUGCAAACUCUACACCUGUGCAACCUGCAGGUCCCAGAGGCAACAGCACUAACCACUGCACUACCAUGCUUUUUAGACAUCGCCCCAAAUAUGAUAAGCUGCUAUAUAAUAUUUCAUAUCUCUUUCCUAUCGGAUUCAUAUCAAAUCAAACUGAACUGAAUCAAAUCAGGGUAUCUGUGUCAAAUCAGGGUAUCUGUGCCAAUUCAAGGUAUCUAUGCCAAAUCAUGGUAUCUGUGUCAAAUCAGGGUAUCUGUGCCAGGAAAUUGACGUGACUUAGGAGGGACUGACUGAUGGGGUUGCAUAAGAACAAGCACUCCUGCUGUGUGUAAAGGAUGGUGCCUUUGGGGGGGGAGUUUCUCGGGGAUCGGUCUGGGGGACCUCCUCCUACACCAGACUUCUAUAAAGAAAUCUCCAAUUUCAAAGUGAUUAUUUUGAAUUCCUUCUGUCCAUCUGCAAUUAAAAAUUCCACAACUGAAACAUAAUUAAAAGAAUUCAAAUUUAAGUACAAUUGAAUUAUAUUGGGCCAUCAUUAAAACCCCCUUUUAGAACACCAGUAUAGGUCUGUGGUGUGAUGGCGUUUUAAAAGGUAUUUUUUUCCCCAGUGGUGUACGGUAUGCAUACGUGCCUGGUAAAUGUAUGGCUAAAGAUAAUGUUCCUGUAAUGCUUUCUCAGUUUCUGUGCGUGAGAGAACAAACCAGAAAAGGCCAGUACAAUGCACGUUCAUGCACAGAUCAGCACUUACAGGCAGCAGAGAACAAGACUUAAGGAGGACACAAAUAUGCAGCCAUUAGUUAUUAAAAUAGGUAAGGAAAAAUAUAUUUUAGUGAGAAUUUAUUAAAUUGUUAUUUUUAUACUGUGGUAAAUAAAGCUUAAUUCAUACUGAAUACGUAAUUCUUACCUGCAGUAACAUCUGUAGUUGCACAUUGGGAGUGUACAUAAAAUAUUUGGGUCUUCAAAUUACCUUUAUAGAAUAUUUAUGUAUAUUAUUUAUGUUAAAUUAUCUACUCUGAAAACCUGCCAUUUUUAUCGUAGUACUCAUUAUACUGCUUUACUCAGCCCGGGAAGAAGGUAAGCCAAAUGAACUUUACUGUAUGUUAUGUUCAUUUUAUUUGCUUAGAAUUUUCUUGGGAAUAAAAGUAUAUUUCUGAAUUACCUACAGAAUUUUUUGCUAGGAUGAUCGAAUUUAUACUAAAUGACACAAUUUGUAUCGCAUGAUGAUGCUGGUAUGUCACAGGCAAUUUAAUGCUAUAUGAAUCAAUAACCUAUAUAAAAUAUUACACACAAAACAAAACAAAAAACAGGGGCCUAUCCAGGGAUCAGUGUCACCAUUGAUCCUCCGUGGUCAGAUGUUGCUGCAGGAGAAACAGUCACCCUCACCUGUAGGGUGACAGGCUCCGAUCCCGACACAGACUGGAAAUAUUCAUGGAUUAAAGAGUCAUCCACGGAGAAAGUUAGACUCUUUAGCUACUCCGGGUCAGACUUCUCUACAUACACCCUACACAACGCUAUAAAAGCUGAUAGUGCACAAUACUGGUGUACAGCAAUGACCAACACACUGACAAUAUCCAGUGUUCCACACACAGUAAGAAUCACUGAAUCUCCAGCUCUCCCUCAAGCCAGAUUAGUCUUACUGUCUGGAUGGACAGACAUCUUUUCCACAGAAAGCCUGACUCUAAGAUGUGAACUUCAUGGUGAUUCUACUCAGUGGCAGUAUACAUGGUACAGAGAUGGGCAGGUGAUUUCUGUGCACAAAGAGACGUAUACAAUCCUCUCCGUUACUCUGGCAGACUCUGGCAGGUACUUCUGCGCAGGACAGUAUGCAAGGCGUCGGCUGUGGUCUCAAACGAGCAACGAGUUUGCAAUUCGAGUUUCAGCCCUUCCAAAAGCACUACUGACCCUGGAGUCCAAUUGGACUGAGAUCUUCACCACUGAGAGUGUGACUCUGAGGUGUGGCCUUCAGGGUGACUCUGCUGAAUGGGAGUAUAAAUGGUACAGAGAUCAGAAGGAAAUUCAGAGAUAUGAAACUGGACACAAAUACAGAAUCCUCUCUGUUACUCGGUCAGACACUGGACAGUACACCUGCAGAGGGCAGUAUAGAAGGAGAAGAGUGUUGUCUGAAAUGAGCAAUGAUAUUUCAAUUACAGUAUCAGUCCUGCCAAAAGCAGUACUGACCGUGGAAUCUUCCAAUUGGACUGAGAUCUUCAUCACUGAGAGUGUGACUCUGAGGUGUGGCCUUCAGGGUGACUCUGCUCAGUGGGAGUAUAAAUGGUACAGAGAUGGACAGGAGAUUCCUCCAUAUGGACCAGGAGACAAAUACACAAUCACCAAAGCUACUCUGUCAGAUAGUGGAGGCUACACCUGUAGGGGGCAGUAUCGAGGGAGAAGGAGAGUGCUGUGUGAAAUGAGCAAUGACCUCCCGAUUAAAAUUUCAGUUCGCCCACAAGCUGUGCUGCAAGUGGAGACUGAAUGGAUAGAGAGCCUCUUCACAGAAAACCUGGUGCUGAGGUGUGAGGUUCCUGAAAGCUCCGCUGAAUGGAACUACACAUGGUACAGAGAUGGACAGCCCAUUGCAGGAUAUACUGGGGACAGAUAUACAGUGAUGUCUGGAACUGGCGUGUAUACCUGCAGAGGUGUCAUGAAAAAGGGACCUUCUGUCUCCUGGAUCAGUGAGGGUUUAACAGCAGGAAACAUCUUACUGAAGAGGAAGGUGUUAGUGUUUGUAACUGGGUGCAUCAUCCUCUGUCUUAUUGCAAUUAUACUGGGAAGCCUCUGUCUCCGAUUAAGACAUAAGCCUGUACAGGGUCCCAGUGCAUCUCGAGCCAGUACCAGGAAACAACGGGAACAAGGAACGGAUAUUCUGACAACAGUGACACUUUAUCAAGAUUCUGCUGUAGAAAAAUCUGAUCCAUUAUAUGCAUUUAUUGAAGAAGAUUGUUAAUUCAAAGGCGGGGUAUUUCAAGUCUGCAGUUAAGAGGAAAAUUAUGUCAUAUUCUGCAUGAAGAUGGAAGCACUGUUGCCUAAUUUCCUUUCAUUCAAAUAAGCUACAUUAGAAUAUAUGAGGUUUUGCUUUUGUGUAAUUUCUACUGGACAUAAAUACAUAUAUGGUGUACAGUAUCACCUAUUUUGUUCUGAUAACUAUUGCUAAACAAAUACUCAGUUUUCUGUUUAAUAACUUUAUUUAGCUCUUUUGCUUUUUUCCUAUUUGUGAAAUAUGCUUACACUGUUAAUUUUAAUUUUUUUAUGUUUUUGAUAUUGUGUCUUUGUAAUUGCUAGUACAAACAAGCUCAUCUUUGCACAACGGAAUUUAUCUGCCUUUCUCAAUAAAUUACAUUAAAUUAAGAAACAAUGAAACCUGUGCACAUUGGACACUUUAAAGAUGUAUUGACACCAUUCAGUCACAUGACAGGAAAAA